AUGAAACUCCACGCCCCCAUUGUUGCCAUCUUCUACAUUCUGAUUCAGUCAACAAUGGUUGCAUCGCUGGCUACCGUGGACUACUGCAUCACUCCAGUCAAUCUCUCGAGCGCCUUCAAUGAUAAAAUCACGAGUGCUACGAUCUCAGGUGGCAUGUGUGUAGCAAUUGGGCAAGUAGGAUCUCCUCCUUCAAGUGUUGCUCCACCGCCGAUUGGUGUGCCGGAAGCACUCCUAAAUGCACUUGAAGUUCCGAGACGAACCGAGAACUAG